UACUAAUCUCGUACAAGAUACGUAAUUUUUUAUAAUGCGUUAUAUUUUAUAAUAAUGAAAAGCGUUCAAGAUAGAAAUUUGGUACCGUAAAAUUGAGAGAAAAUUUUGACACGCCAUAAUGGAUGAAGAUAAUUCAUCUGAAAAAAAGAAAGCUCAUCGGAAAAGAAACUCUGGAGUGAAAGCUGAAAAGAAGAAAUUAAAAUCUAAAGUUGUGGACGAAAAUUUAACUGCACGGCAGAGGAAUCCCAAAGCUUUUGCAAUUAAUUCAGCUAAACGAGCCGAAUUGAAAUUUCGUCGCAAAGAAGACUUAACUGCAAAAAAGCAACACAUUCCUAUAGUUGAUAAAACACCGGACGAACCUCCUCCGGUUUUGGUUGCUGUUGUUGGUCCGCCAAAAGUUGGAAAAACGACACUUGUGAAAAAUUUGAUACGAAACUUUACGAAAACAAAUGUGACGGACAUAAAAGGGCCAAUAACAAUUGUUACAUCGAAAAAACGACGAAUUACAUUAGUGGAAUGCAACAAUGAUAUAAAUUCUAUGAUAGAUAUUGCAAAGUGUGCGGAUUUGGUACUUUUAUUGUGCGAUGCAAGUUUUGGCUUCGAAAUGGAGAUAUUUGAAUUUCUCAAUAUUUGCCAAGUUCACGGUAUGCCGAAAAUAAUGGGAGUUUUAACCCAUUUAGAUGUAAUAAAAAAUGCUAAGACAUUGAGACGGCGUAAAAAGGAACUGAAACACCGAUUUUGGACAGAAGUGUACGAUGGAGCUAAAUUAUUUUAUUUAUCAGGCAUGAUGCAUGGCGAAUACUUGCGCAAUGAAAUUAAUAAUUUAGGGAGAUUUAUAUCCAUAAUAAAAAUGCGACCACUAACUUGGCGAGGAGAUCACGGUUACGUUUUAGCUGACCGUGUUGAAGAUAUAACAAAUACUGAAAUUGUCAGAGUAAAUCCAAAAUCUGAUAGAGAUAUAGUUCUAUAUGGUUAUGUCAGAGGUGCUCCAUUUAAAGCAGAAAAUCAUGUUCAUAUAGCAGGAUUGGGAGACAUUCGAAUGACCGAACUUAGUAAACUUGCUGAUCCAUGCCCUAUACCUGGAACAGAAAAGAAAAGAACCCUUUUGGAAAAGGAAAGGCUUUUAUAUGCUCCGAUGUCAGGAGUAGGAGGCAUAAUUUAUGACAAAGAUGCAUUAUACAUUGAAUUGCAAGGAUCUCAUAGUCAUAAACAAAAAAACGCAGAAAAUUCCGAACAAAAUGUGCUAAUGCAAAAAAUUCAAGAAAAAAAAGUUCCUCUUGAUAUUCAAGUAGAAGAACAGAAAUUUCGUUUGUUUUCUGAUGGUGAAGUAAUUGCUUCUAAGAAUUUCAGUCAUACAAAUUAUAAAACAGAAAUCGAAAAUAUUGAAGAUGAAAGCGAUCAGCAAAGUCAAAGUGGAAGUUGUCCUAUUAAAGAUCAGUCUUUCCAAAACGAUAAUUUGCGUUCUGGAUCUGAAGAGGAAGAUAAAUUAAAAGAAGAAGAAAGUUCGUCAUCUAGUGAAGAGUACCAAUCAGAAUUGGAUGAUAAUGAAUAUGUAGAUUCAAGAGAAAAUAUUGAAAUACCUAAUUAUUAUGGAGACGUAAAAUGGAAAGAAAAUAUAACUUCAGCAGUUAGGGAAAAUUAUUUGAAAAGACAAUCGGAAUCCCAAAAUUUAAUGAAAUUGGUUUAUGGCAUAUUUCAGAAAUCACCAAAAAAUAAUGACGAAAAUGACAAGAAAAUAAAAGAUAACCUAGAUGAUAGUUCUGUUGAUGAAGAGGAAUUAGGAGGAUUAUUCAAAAUAAGUGAACUAAAUCAAAAAAAUUAUCGACAAGCUAAAGAUAUGAGGAACAAAGAAGAAAAUUCCUUUUUUGAAAAAAUUUCAGAAUCAACGCGGAAUUGGUUAAGUGAUGAUAACAAAACAAUAGUAAAAAAUUGUUUCGUAACUGGAAAGUGGAAAUCCUCGGAAGAUGCCGAAGAGUUGCUCAGAUUGGAUGAAAUGAGUGAUGCUGAAAGCGAAUGUUAUGGUGAUUUUGAGGACUUGGAAACAGGCAAAAAAUUUAGUGGUUUAGAUAAAGAUAUGGAAUUAAAAAACCCGGUUCCAAAUCUGGAAAGUGGGAGUAACACAGAAGCUCAGAAACAAAAGAUGUCAAGAAUUGAAGAGAAUAAUUUGACUAAAGCUGAAAUUAUGGCUAAAAAAUUGAAACUUAAAGCAAAAUUCGAUGCCGAAUAUGACAAUAAAGGUUUAAAAGAUGAAGGACGUAUAACGGGUGAUCAUCAAUAUUAUGAUAGUCUCAAAAUUCAGGCACAAGCACAAUCAGAGCUGAAUAAGAAAGAAUUUGCAGAGCUAAAUGAUGAUGUAAGAUGUCAGAUAGAAGGAUACCGCCCGGGGAUGUAUGUUCGAAUGAAGUUUGCCAAUGUAUCUUCUGAGUUUAUCGAAAAUUUUGAUUCAAGUUACCCGAUUUUGAUAGGCGCUUUAAAUAUGUCAGAGGAAAAUAUUGGAUAUGUUAAUUGCAAAAUAAAAAAACACAGAUGGUAUAAAAAAACUCUAAAGACGGCUGACCCAUUGAUUAUUUCUCUAGGUUGGAGACGUUUUCAGACUAUACCUAUAUAUGCAAAAGUUGAGGAUAAUUUCAAACAUCGAUAUUUAAAAUAUACCCCAAACCAUGUUACUUGUAGUAUGACAUUUUGGGGACCAAUCACCCCUCAAAAUACAGGUUUCUUAGCUUUGCAAAGCGUGCAAUAUAAAAGCGAGGAAAUAAAGAAACUAGGUUUCCGCAUUGCUGCUACAGGUUGCGUAACGGAAACGGAUAAAGCUACUCAAAUUCAAAAGAAACUUAAAUUAAUUGGGGAGCCGUUCAAAAUUUAUAAAAAGACGGCUUUUAUUAAAGGCAUGUUUACUACAAGAUUAGAAGUAGCCAAAUUUGAAGGAGCCAAGAUCAAAACAGUAUCCGGAAUACGUGGGCAAAUCAAGAAAUCGCAUCAUGACCCCGAAGGAUCAUUCCGUGCUACAUUCGAAGAUAAAAUUUUGCUUAGUGAUAUAGUUUUUUGUAGAACAUGGUUUAAAGUUGAAGUACCAAAGUUUUACACUCCUGUUACAUCAUUAUUACUGCCACAAGAUCAGAAAAAUCAAUGGGAGGGCUUAAAAACUUUGGGACAAAUUAAGCGCGAAAAAAAUAUUCGUUAUGAAGCUAACGAAGAUAGUUUGUAUACAAAUAUCGAGCGAGCAGAAAAAAUAUUUAAACCUUUGAAAAUUCCAAAAUCGUUGCAAAUAGCUCUGCCUUAUGAGGAUAAACCGAAAACAGGGCUUCUAAUGAAAAAUAAGAAAGAGGAACGGGUUGCAGUAAUCAGAUCGCCUUAUGAGCAAAAAGUUUCGAAACUUAUGAAAAUGCUAGAAACAAAUUACGCAGAGAAAAAUCGAAAGUUGCAACAGCAAACAGAACAACGGUUAGCUGAAUUUAAAAAAAGAAAAACUAUUGAAGAAAAAAGUAAACUUAAGCGGCAAAAGGAUUUGAGGAAAAAAAUUUCUAGAGCUCUUAGUAAAAUGAAUAAAAAGAAGCAGUGAUUGAAUAAAAAAAAUUUAUAAGUUUUAAUUUUAAAGAAAUUUUGUUAAAAUACAUAAUUAAUUUAAAGGUACUAAAAGUAAUUAUUAAAAAAAUAACAUUUUUUCUCGAAAACAGUA